ACUGUGACCUCGGACUGUCGUUGCAUCAAAUGCACGCCUCCUCCUAGCAUUAGCUUUAAUGAAAGACUGCUAGGAAAUCUUAAUAAAAACACGAAGAACACCUUGUUGGAUUUACCGCGUCUUCUAGCCACUUGUAAACAGCUAUUUUAACCCGGUAAAAAGCAGCGGUCCGGCGCGAGAAACAUGCCCCAAAUUGAAGAGCUUUCCCCCGAUUCGGGCCCGCUGUCUACCCGGCCCCCGGAGGACGAGAUAGACGACGACGAGGAUGAAGAUCUGGAUGAGACCAUGAUGGAGAGGUUGUGGGGUCUGACGGAGAUGUUCCCUGACACCGUCCGCACCGCUGCUGAGGUCUCUGCACAAUGCUCUGUCUCACUGGCCAAGCAGUUUUACAGUUUUUCUCGCGCGGCGCUCUGGGUCGGCACUACCUCCUUCAUGAUCUUGGUACUUCCUGUUGUGUUUGAGACGGAAAGACUACAGCUGGAGCAGCAGCAGCUACAACAGCAGAGACAGAUCCUGUUGGGGCCGAACACUGGGAUGUCUGGGGGGAUGCCGGGCAUGAUGCCUCCUGUACUUGGAAAGAUGUGAGAAACAAGAAGGGCCGACAUGAACCUGAGAUCUGCUGCCAGCGAUACAGCCGGGGCUGGUUCGCAAGGAGAGACAGAGAGAGCAUGGAGAAGGGCAAAGAACUGCAGUUAAAAUAUUAAUGGGAAGCAAAAGCUGCAAAGAAACGGCAUGACAGGCUCACUCCAAUGCAAUGGAUCGACCAAUGGGAUUGGAGGAGGAGGAUCUGAUGCGUUUCCCUCUCACUGUCUCUCCUUACUCCAACAUCAUGCAGAGACUUAUUUCCAGGAGCACUGCUUCUAUUUUCUUUUUCCUUUUUUUAAAUAAAUCUAUCAACAUAAAUAAUGUUUUCUUUAGGGGAUAGCAGGUGCAAGUGGAUGCAUUGAAAGAAAAAAAAGGUUAUCGUCUGUCUUUGGUGUUUGCAGUCUUGAGAACGUUGUUUUACUCGCAGUAUGUUGGCAUUUCCAUCAUCAUGUGCUUGCUAGUUACACUUCUACAUGGAGAAUUGUGUUAAUUAAAAAUAUCUGACAAGACAGGUUUGAUGAAGAUUAACUUGUAGGAAUGUGACCUUGAGGCACAUUCCUGUCUGUACAUCUGUCACAGUUCAAAAACGGUUUUAUGUUUGUCAGUGCAAUGCCUCUCACUUCACGGUUUUAUCAUACUGCUCUGGUUUUAAGCAAUGGAUUGUAUAACCCAACAACACCAGAUGCAAUGCUGUUUAAACAUUAAAAGAUUUUGGUGUCCUUUUUCCAUUGAUCGUAUGAUGAAAGCGGAGUUAUUUUGUCAUUGAAGACGUGUGAAAAGGUUUUGGAUAAAUCUGGUUGGAGAAGUUUUGACGCUCAAUGUUGUCCCGACAUUGCAGACGUCUGCACAGAAUGUUAUUUUUUCUGUUUUCAUCCAUGUGCAUUUACAAUCUCUUACCUCUGUUCAGUAUGCAAACCCACAUCUGUUUUUUGUGUUCAACAUGACUGCGGUAAUUAAACAACAAAACAAUGGAAA